AUGCUCCUACCGAAUGAUCAUCUCUCCAAGCACAAUCGGCGGUGUCUAUCUACUUUUCUUCUCCUGUUUUUGCACCCUGAAGAUGAUGACGCUUUUGAAGCUGUUUUCUGCACCUCUAUAUCAUCAAUAUUCCAACCCUCCUGGAAAAGAACCAGAGCACGAAACCUUUGUAAGGCUGAGAAUCAUCCCAUCUGUUUGUUGAAGAUUACUCUGAGUGGGAGUCCUGGGUACCGAUCGCCUUUAGAAUCAUUCAUGCUAAAUUCAUCAAUUGGGAACCUUCUACAGAAUGGAUCGGUGCUUGUUGACAUCUCAUUGGUUGAUGAGAAAUUUACAGCUCAAGGCAAAGAAAUAGAAGAACGGGAAAGAAAGAUGAAGCUAGUUGAUUUAAUUGUGGCAACACCUGGAAGAUUAGUUGAUUUACUUGAAAGGGAAAAAGUGUCAUUACAAAGGGUAAGGUAUUUAGCUCUUGAUGAAGCUGACCGUAUGUUGGAUAUGGGAUUUGAGCCUCAAAUAAGAAAAAUUGUGGAACAAACAGACAUGCCUCCACCUCCUGGAAGACAAACAAUGCUUUUCAGUGCCACUUUUCCUAGAGAAAUCCAGGAAAGGGAGUUGGUAUUGAGGUCAUUUAAGAGUCGGAAGACUCCAAUUCUUGUUGCUACUGACGUGGCAGCAUGUGGGUUGGAGGUGAUUGAUGUUGGCUCAAGGGCAGUUUGGUCAUUACCUGUUGCUAAAUCAUUCCAGCAAUACAGAAGCUUUAUAACGUUUGCAGCUGAAGGAAAUGCCUUCAAGGACAAUGUAGAGAAGCUGGACCUUGUGAUUAUUAGAAGCAAUGAGGAUUAUUGCGGUUGCAUUGUCACCUGCUGCACCAAAUUUAUUGUCAACAUUUGGGCAUUAGGAAAUCAUGCAAUCACUGAUUUCCUUUUCCUUGGUUUUCAGCCUCUUCAUAGAGAACUAUAUGAAUUGAAUCCCUCAAGCUUCUUUGUGUCCUCUUUCAUAAACGCAUUCAUGGCUAAUGAUGAUGUCAGCAGAAAUCAAAGUAUCAGAAACAUAAUGUCUGAACUUGUUCCAGGAGUUUUCACAUUCGAUAUGCUCCAUCCAGAUUUCUGUGCAAAGAUGCUAGCUGAGUCUAGAAGUUGUUGUUGUUCGUGUCAUGGCCCUGUGAUGGGUACUGUUGAAACCAGAAUGUAUGAACAAGGAAUAGGAGGUUUUGUAACACACAAGUUUUGGGAAUGUGGGCCACACAACAAUGAUUUUACCUUGUCUAUUGUUAUAUAUGUGCCCCAUAGGGAUGGUGUAGUUUCUGCUAUUAUUUUCCAUCCAAGUCGUGUCAUGGCUCUUAGUGCUUCUUAUGGUGUUGAUUUCAAGCUACCUAUUUUGGCUGGUGCUGCUGGGGCUUUUGGCUGCUUCACCUUAUAUCACAAUGGAUGGUGCUUAUCAUGCUAUGCCAUCUGGCCAGACCUCUGCAUUGCCUCCUACAAGCUAUCAUGGCAACCUUCAACAGUAGUUUUGGACAGGCACCUUCUUGCAAAAGAUAUCGUGUACGUGUUCUUCUGCUGCUAUUGUGGAUUCAGGAACAUCCAUGCUUACUGGUCCAACUGUAUGUAUCUCACGUGA